AUGGAAAUUCCCAAACUAGAUUUAUCCUGCUCCUGGAUGAAAUUGCUAUUGAGAGAUUAAUUAUUAUAUAGCCCAAGGCCUUUUUUGGAUCGCCCUUGACUAUAUUUUAUAAUAAAAUUAAUUAAAACUGAGCAUAAAUUUUCUCACCAAAACUCAAGAACCAACUGAAUUUAUCAAUGACUCUUCAUUCAAAAAAACGAAAAAAAGGCAAUUCCUUGAUUUCAAAGCCACAUCAGGGCUUCAUAUUCCAGAUCAGCCUCUAAAACUAGCCUCUUCAAAUAAUACAACAAAAGAAGCCCACCAUAGGCACAUGCCAAAAGAUUUUUGUAAAAUUGACACUUUAUCAACAGAAUUUGCUGAAUCCAUUAAUGAUUUUAUAAAAGGAAACUCUCUUGAAAGCCAUCCUGAUCUUAAUAAAAUGAAUAACUUGCUCAAGGAUCCAGCAUCAAGAUCAAUCACAUUAUCUCGGACGUACAAAAAGCCUCCUCCUUACCAAGAUUCUUCAAAAUCAUCAGAAUCCAAAAAGCUUUCUAAGCUUAUUAGGCUAAAGUAGCUUAAAAAUUUAUGUUUUUUACAAAAAUAGAUAUAAAAACACCUAUAAAUAUACCAAUUAAUAUAAAAUAGCAUAAUAUAAAUUCUAUGCUAGAAAAACUUGGUUAUAAUUAUAUUGAAGAAGGCGACUAUGACAAAAUGGCUGAGGUUUUAGCAGACGUGCUUGGGGGAUAUUCAAAGCUAUCCAAACCUUUUACUACAAAAAAUCAAUCCAAAGAUCUUAUUGUCUCAACUGACAGACCAUGGUCAAGAUCAAUUUCUCCAAUCGGCCGAAAAGACGAAGACUUAAAAUUCCCAAUCCCUACAGACCCCAUAGAAAUCUGGGACUCAGCAAAACUCAUUAAUGAAGAAAAAAUUUUUGGUUCCUUUUUAAAGCGAAAAUUCGACCCUGAGUCAGAAUCUGAUGUAAAAAUAAUGGGAAUUAUAGUUUUCUAUGAAGAACAAAUGAAGGUUUAUCAGAAAAUAAUGCGGAAUAGAGAAGAUAUUAUGAUAAAUGAUUCCAAUGAAGAAGCAUGGAAAGAAAAAAUCAAAGGAUUAGAAGAAAAAAUCGAAAUUUUAAAAGAAAACAAUGGCAAGCUCAUUAAUGAAAUAAAUAAUUUAGAAAAAGGCUCUGAGGAGGAAGGAAUAACCCAAAAAAUCUGUGAAAUUUUUUCGUGUAAAUGUGAAGAUUUAAUUAGUAUUGCAGAAGGAUGCCAAGAGAUUUUUGAAAAAUACAAUAAAAUUAACGCAGUUGUGGCUGAUAUUUAUAGUGAAUUUCAUGAAAAAUCAGCUCCAGAUGAUGUUAUUCUAGCCCUUAAAGAAAUUUUGGAAAAGAUAUUUGAUUUAAAAACCCAGAUUUCACAAAAAAACAUUUUUAAGUCACAAAUAAUAAAAACUUUAGAAAUCAAGAAAACAGCCACUGAUUCAGAAAUAAUUCAGUCCUGCAAAUCUCUGCCAUACUUUAAGCAGCUUUUUGACGUAGAAGGAGACGUGAUGAAAGAAAUUGACUCCCUUUUCUUAAUAAUUAAGAAUUUUCAGUCUUUCGCACAGUUCAUACGAAGAGGUUUUGACCUCAGCCAAGACACUUCAAUUACUGAAGUAUUGAAUAUUUUAAGAGAAAAAUUGUAUAAAAUGUCACGAUAAUAAUAAAAUAGCCAAAGAAGAGUAAAUUCUUCAGAGAAAAAAUUUUACCGGCGACGCCAUUUUAUUAUUAUAGGGUUUAGUUUUCCCGGUGGGACCUUACCCAGCAAAAUCAGGUAAGUAAUGGAGAGGGGUGCACAGUCUCCUUGCCUGAUCCUUGGGCGCUUUGUGGGCAUAGGGUUUUACUGCUUGACACUCCCUAGGAAGGAGACCCAAAGGCGGGAAAACGCGCAGGAGUCAAGUUUUGAGCAAGGCAACGCAGCCCAUGAGGUCUGGCAGCCGAUUAGCCGUCACUUGCUUAGGAUGGUCCGUCGGCCCGAUAAAAAGGGUGACGUCGGAAAUGCCCGUUGACGUCACCAAUCGGUAUCUACUGGGGUGAGCCCUCGUGGCUUUGUUAAAUCACCCUGCGGAACCCGGAAGCACGCUAAACACUCUAAGUAAUGCUAAUGUUAAUGUAUACAAUGUCACGAUUUUUAAUAAAAAAUUAAAAAAUAGGUAAAAAAUGCCAAUUUGUUUUACUGCAUUAUAUAACCAAUAA